UGCUAGUACACCUCUACCUUCAAUCAAGCACUCCUCUUAUUCUAGAAGACUUAUACCCUAAGCAAGAACGUUCUCUUUCUCGUCUCUAAUCAACGUGUCCUAAGAGACCGUCAAACAAUCAGAAGUUGGUUACCCAAAAUGGAGAACACCGACGUUUUCCUAGGAUUGCAAGAUUUUCUAGACCGCAUGCGCCAGCCUACCGCUGCUGAUUUCGUCAAAUCUAUCAAAAGUUUCAUAGUUUCGUUCUCGAACAAUGCUCCUGAUCCCGAAAGGGAUAGUGCGGCCGUACAGGCAUUUCUUGCCAACAUGGAAGCUGCUUUUAGAGCUCAUCCGCUUUGGGCUGGAUGCUCUGAGGAGGAGCUGGACAGUGCUGGUGAAGGAUUGGAGAAGUAUGUUAUGACAAAGUUAUUUGCCCGUGUGUUUGCUUCACUCUCAGAUGAUGUAAAGCAUGAUGAACAGCUUUCUGAGAAGAUGGCUCUUGUUCAGCAAUUCGUUCGGCCUGAGAAUUUGGAUAUUAAGCCAACCUUUCAAAACGAGACAUCAUGGCUGCUUGCACAGAAAGAGCUACAAAAAAUCAAUAUGUACAAGGCUCCAAGAGACAAGCUUGUGUGUAUCCUCAAUUGUUGCAAGGUUAUCAAUAAUUUAUUGCUUAAUGUUUCAAUUGCUUCAAACAAGAAUCCUCCGGGAGCUGAUGAUUUUCUUCCUGUGUUGAUUUAUGUUACCAUAAAGGCAAAUCCUCCUCAACUUCACUCAAAUUUGUUGUAUAUACAACGUUAUAGACGUCAAUCUCGAUUAGUUUCUGAAGCAGCCUAUUUUUUCACAAACAUGCUCUCUGCUGAGGCUUUCAUCUCAAAUAUUGAUGCGAAGGCCCUUUCUAUGGAGGAAACUGAGUUUGAGAAAAACAUGGAGUUUGCUCGAGCACUUCUUUCUGGCCUUUCAACAGAUUUGGAUGGUCUGUCCAGUCAAAUUAACCAAAUUACUGGACAAGAUCAGAGUGAACCAACUGAAUCCAGACAUCACACUCUUAAGGAGGACCAUGCUGUUAGACCUAAAUCUUCUGGAAGAAAACGGUCAAGUAAAGAAGACCAGUCAUCACUCACUAAAAUUGCAUCUAUCUCAGAGUUGGAGAAUAGAGGGGCAACCAUACUUCUGGAGGAGGAUCCGAUGAGCGUGUUCCGAGAGUACCCAUACAUGUUUUCUCAUGCCGGUGAUUUGAAAAUAAAUGAUGUUGAGGACCUGCUAAAUAACUAUAGACAACUUGUGUUAAAGUAUGUUUAUCUUUUAAAAGGAUCAGAUGGUGCUUCUGCGGCUUUUCCUUUGUCUAUGUCGCAAGCUCAACCCGGGCAACAUGUUGAAACAGUUGAGAAAUCUGAAGAUAAUAGAUCAAUAGUUCAAAAUUUUGGGUCACAAAAGGAUUCUGAUAGGGAGGAUGAUGAUCCAAAUGGAAUUUCCGAUCAAGAAAGUACAAAAUCUGAUUUUCCAAAGGAAGAGGCAGCUGCAUCCUCAGAGCACAAUCACGAUGACACCUCUGAACAAUAGCUGAGUGGUUGCUGCCAUAACCUCAACUUAAAAGACAAUGGCAGAUCUUUAACUUUGAACUCAAAAAGAGACCAUUUUGUUGUCAAGCAAGAGAAAACCCGAGAAGGUUGCGCAUUUGGUUCCAAAAGUGAUCGUGCCAAUAUAUUGAAGUUGUGUUGAACUCCCAUGGUUCAACACUGCAGAGCCUUGCUUCCAGCAUGCGUACAUGAUGAAGGUGCAAUUCUUGUGUCAUCAUUUGUAAACCAUGAUUUUGGUUCAUCAUGAAAUUUAGGAGGAUGUAAACUUGGCGACACCUUUGUGUUUGAAGCAAGGUGUGGCAAUCUUUUCAAUUUCACACUAAUAAUGUCACAUUUCGGUAAUUGACUUGGAUAUAGGUGCAUUGAACACCGGUGGUGAAGAAUACAUUAUUG